AUGGGGGACAUUGGGGGACGUGGGAGGACACGGGGGGAUACGCCGCGACCGGGGCGUGGGGGCGGGACCUGCGGGGGUUACUCUCGGUCACGGGGGCGUGUCUUGGCUCCGAUUGGUCGGCGGCCGUUGAUUGACGUGCGAGGGGGCGGGGCCAGCGCCGCGCGCGCGCGGGGUGGGGGAGGGGCGCUCCCGGGCUGCCGCGAUGCUCUUCUACUCCUUCUUCAAGUCCCUGGUGGGAAGGACGUGGUGGUGGAGCUGAAGAACGACCUGAGUAUCUGCGGGACUCUGCACUCGGUGGAUCAGUACCUGAACAUCAAACUGACUGACAUCAGUGUCACUGACCCUGAGAAGUACCCACACAUGCUGUCGGUGAAGAACUGCUUCAUCCGGGGCUCAGUGGUGCGCUACGUGCAGCUGCCGGCGGAUGAGGUGGACACGCAGCUCCUGCAGGACGCCGCCCGCAAGGAGGCGCUGCAGCAGAAGCAGUGACGCGGGACCCUCCCCCCGGAGACCCCUCCCCAAAUCCCUCCCCCCCAAAUGCCUGGGAGCCCCCCCCAUAAACCUGCUGCACCCCA